AUGGCUGCUAGAUUCACCCUCCCCGCGCUCCCCUACGCCUACGAUGCCCUCGAACCCAGCAUCUCCAAACAAAUCAUGGAACUGCACCACACGAAACACCACCAAACCUACAUCACCAACCUCAACGCCGCGCUAGACGCCCAAUCGACCGCCCACCAAACCAACGACGUGCCGCAGCUCAUCGCCCUGCAGCAAAAGAUCAAAUUCAACGGCGGCGGCCACAUCAACCACUCCCUGUUCUGGACCAACCUGGCGCCCUACGGCUCCGCCCAAACCGACAUCGCCCGCGCCGCGCCAAACCUCAAGGCCGCCAUCGAGGCGCAGUGGGGGUCUGUCGAGCAGUUCCAGGCGGCGUUUACCGCUGUUCUACUGGGAUUGCAGGGCAGCGGAUGGGGCUGGCUGGUGCGGUAUCCCGGGGCGCAGGGGAGGCUGGGCAUCGUGAGCACCAAGGACCAGGAUCCCGUCACGGAGCAGGUGCCCGUGCUGGGGGUGGAUAUGUGGGAGCAUGCGUAUUAUCUGCAGUAUACGAACAACAAGGCGUCGUAUGCCAAUGAGAUCUGGAAGGUGAUUAACUGGCAGACGGCCGAGGAGAGGUACCAGCAGGGUGUGGUGGGUUCUUCGCUGAAGCUGUAG